AAUGUUUCUUUUCUGAGAAUUUUGUGGUUAUUAAUAGAAAACAAGGUAGGAAAAGUACCCUGCAUGACUGAUACAUAACAAUAACAUUCCAAUAUUGAAGUUGGAAUUACGAGAUCAGUCGAAUGGCGGGAAAUUAAAAUAUAUGAACAAAAACAUGGCGACUGCAUCAAGGAAUUUCUACGAGUGAUUUCGACCGAUUUCUACAUGUUUUCUGGCCACACUUCAAUGAAAAACACUUAAAAACACUCCAAUUGGUAUUUUCGUCUAUUUUGUAUUAAAAUAGAAGAAGAACAUGCUCGGAAAAAAGGAUACUCAGGAAAUGGAAUGCAUGAAACAGAAUUGAAAGCUUGGGAAAGCAUGUUUGAGCGUAAACAUCGACGUAAACCAAAUAAAGAUGAUGUAAACAAUGCCUCUGAUGAGAUAAAAGAAACAUAUUUAAAAUAUAACCAACUGAGAAGAUACACCAAAGUAAAAACUUGCAAAAGUGUUAAGGAAAACUCUAAGAAGGGUAUCGACGAUGAGGUAUUUGGUAAAAGCUUAAACAAAAGUAAGAUUCCAAAGUCCAAUUCUGAAACUGUCAAGAUAAGAAUAUCACCAACAGAUUGUAAACCAAUCAAAUUGCGGCAUCCCCAAAGACCUGGAAAGCAUUUUCCCAGCAAAAAUAACCCACUGAAUCAUUCAAGUGAGAAGCAACAAGAUGAACCAACCAAUCGCAAGAAAAAUUAUAAUACCAACACUGGUGAUGAAAUCUUUUCUGGAAAUGAUGGAAUUACACAUGAUGUCAGAUUUUCUAUUGCAUCUGCUAGGUGAAAAGAGAGCCUUACAAAACCUGGCAUGAUGUUGGGAAAAGCAACUCUUUUCAAACAAGUGAAACGACGGUCUGCCUUGGCUAGUGAGUGGUUAAAUAGGAACCAAUCAGAAUUAGCUGCUGCUGCUCCUGUUGAAAAUAACAUCAACCAUGUGAACAAUGAGAUCAUCCAUGUGAACAAUGACAUCAACCAUGUGAACAAUGACAUCAACCAUGUGAACAAUGACAUCAACCAUGUGAAAAUGACAUCAACCAUGUAACAAUGACAUCAACCAUGUGAAAAAUGACAUCAAUCAUGUGAACAAUGACUUCAACCAUGUGAACAAUGACAUCAACCAUGUGAACAAUGACAUCAACAAUGUGAACAAUGACUUCAACCAUGUGAACAAUGACAACAAUGUGAACAAUGAAAAGAACAAGAGAAGUCCCGAAUCCAUGGACAUACCUCAGCAUUGCAGUGCAGGGAAUAUUGUGGAUUCUGUUUGUACUAAUGGAAGUAGAAAGUUGAAAUCUGAUGGAGAAACGAAAGAAGAAGUGAAAGAGUUAUUUAAUCGAAAAAGAGAAGAAGUUUCUGAAAAAUCCAUGAAGAAAAUGUUAGCUUCAGACAAUUCUGUUAUUUCUGCAAAUGAUUUCUGUGAAAAAGUGAUUUCCAAAGACAGUAUUGAAGAAGUUGAAACGAUUGGGAAGAUAGUGGAAGCUCAGAGCAGAGAAAGAUAUCAUGUAUUUCCAUCAUUAUUUGAUGUAAACAUCUCUCGUAACAAUUCUACCUGUUCUGAGCAGAAAAGAUCACGAAGUGAAUGCAGCACUUUGUGGUCUGAUGUGGUACCCUCGAAAAAGCGGAGAAUUUCUGCAAAUGACUCUGAUGUAGAGGACAGAAAUAUUGUUGAUGAAGAAAACGAAAAUAUCCCAUCAAACUCUCUUACUGAUCCUGGUCAAGGAAACACUGCAAAGAAAAGAUCGUCCGGGUUAGUGAGUGAAAAUUUCCGCGCCAUCAACUUGAAGGUUCGUCGCUUCAGCCGUCGUAGCCAUGGCGUCAACUACGCUGCGUACAAACGUAGGAUGUGGAAGCAGAAGCAACAGGCGAACGAGAAAGCCGACGGUGCUAAGAAAGAGCAGUGGAAAAAAAGAAAAGGUGUCAGCGGUAACAAUGGUAACAGACGUAUCAGUAGUUCAACAAUAACGACAACGUGUUUCAAAUGUGGUGAGGAUGGACAUUGGGUGAAAGAUUGCCCUCGAAAAAAGUCGUCUACCGCACAAACUUCUUCUCAAAAUUGGUCUGAGCCUGCGAAGCCUCCUGCUGACCUUGAAAUUGACGAUGAACAAUGGGAACGAACUGAAGAGAAGUUGAAAGAUCUUAGAUUAGAUCGCUUACACAGACCUCAUGAGACAAUUGUCCAAACUCCUCAAGCUAUCGAGCCUCUCUAUCAACCACUGGAUGGUCAUCCAAUUGAUACUCCUCAAGAGGUAUAUGACGCCUUAAGAAAAUUGGGAUUUGAAUCGUUCCGAUGUGGUCAAGAGGAAGCCAUAAUGCAAAUCUUAUGUGGUUUGUCGACUUUGGUAGUGUUGUCGACUGGGGCAGGUAAAUCGUUGUGCUACCAACUUCCGGCGUACAUGUACAGCAAACGAUCGCCUUGUAUUACGUUGGUCAUUUCUCCUCUUGUUUCGCUUAUGGAAGAUCAGGUGGUUGGCUUACCUUUUGGAUUGAAUGGUGUAAGUCUAAACACUAACAUGACAAAACAACAGCGUCAAAAAGCUGUACUUCAAAUAAGCUCUGGUAAAGCGGCCGUCGUCUUGGUGUCUCCCGAGGCUUUGGUUGGUGCAAGUUCCGGUGUCGGGUGUCUUCCCCAUCCUUCUAAAUUACCUCCAAUCUCCUUCGCAUGUAUCGAUGAAGCGCAUUGUGUAUCUGAAUGGUCUCACAAUUUUAGACCAUCUUAUCUUCGCGUUUGCAAGGUACUACGUGAACGUUUUGGCGUGCAAUGCUUUCUGGGCCUGACGGCAACUGCAACGAGAUCUACUGCUCUAUCCGUUUGUGAACACCUGGGGAUAAAUCAUCGACCGGAAGGCAUCGUCAGAGGAGCUACCAUACCUGAUAACCUUCAUCUUUCCGUUUCGUGCGAUUUUAACAGAGAUAGGGCCAUCCUUGAACUCCUUCAAGGCUCUCGCUUCAAAGAUUGUGAUUCCAUCAUCAUAUAUUGUACACGUCGCGAACAGACCGAUCGACUGGCGACCUAUCUCAGAACGUGUCUGCAGAAGAAUCCUAUGAAUACAAGCAGUUGUAUGACGGAGACAAAUGACACGGAGGAUGACCAGAAAAGUCGUGGAAAAAAUCGUGGGGGAAUGAGAAGGAAAUCUUCAAAAUCAAGCCGCAGCAUCGAUUCAUCGUGGCAAGCGGAAUGCUAUCAUGCCGGUCUAUCGGCUGCACAACGUAAGAAAGUGCAAAAAUUUAUGGCUGGUGACAUACGUAUUGUUGUCGCGACAGUUGCCUUUGGCAUGGGCUUAGACAAGCCUGAUGUUCGCGCUGUCCUUCAUUACAACAUGCCUAAAAGUUUCGAAAGUUAUGUUCAAGAAAUUGGUCGUGCGGGACGCGAUGGUUUGCCCUCUCAUUGUCAUGUAUUUGUUGAUCCCGAGGGUAAAGAUGUCCGUGAGCUACGACGUCAUGCGCACGCAAGCACUGUUGACAGAAAUGUUGUCAAGAAGUUGGUGCAUCAAAUCUUUCCGAAAUGCGACUGUAGAACGCUUCGUUCUCAAAUGGAGGAAAGGAGGAAACAAGUUUUAAAGAAUGAUAUAUCGCUUGUAAGUUGUAGCAGCCUGGGUUCUAAUACGAAGACGACUUUUAAUAGUACCGAUGACAAUUGUAAAGAUUUGGUGUAUGAUGAUGGUCAUGUGUAUGAAUUUGAGCACGAAGUUGUUGCAAAGAAAGUUUUCAAAGAUAAUACGAUUACUGACUGCACAAAUGGCAUGACGGUAUUUGAAAACAAUGAUAGGUUUAUCGACAGCCAUGACGUCUUAGGAGAUAACGUGAUGUUGAUAGAUGAAGACGAUGUUGCAGAACACGCCACAAAUAAAGAUAUUAAUAUUAACAAUCGCGGCGUCACUGGUGACGAGGCUGUCGGGACACGUGAUUGUGGCGGUCACGAGGUUGUUAUACCAAUUGAUAAAGUCGUACAGCAAUUGGACAUGAAGGAAGAAGCUAUUAACAAUAGUGACGUCACUGGUGACGAGGCUGUCGAGACACGUGAUUGUGGCGGUCACGAGGUUGCUAUACCAAUUGAUAAAGUCGUGCAGCAAUUGGACAUGAAGGAAGAAGCGAUUGAAACGUUGCUGUGCUACCUUGAGUUACAUCCGAAACGUUGGAUUCAAAUUCUAAAAUCCAUACGAGCUACCUGCACUCUCAAGUUCUACGGUGGCCCCGCACAUCUUUAUUACGUCACACAACGUGUUCCCAUUGUAGCUGCUGCUGUGGCAUUUGCGCGCAAGCGUGGCGAGUUCAAAGUUAAAACAAGCACAUUGACGUUUCCAGUCGUAAAAAUUAUUGACGAAAUGGGUUGGGAUUUGGAGCCAGUAAGACGUGAAUUGUACGGCCUUCAAUGGAACGAAGGUCUAAGAUUACCUGGGGAAACCGGUUUGUCAACCGGACAUUCCGGUAUCGUUGUUGAAUUUUCUGAUUUAGCAUUCCACGUCGAAGCCCCCGGAGAUUUAAAAGGCGAAGAAAUAGAUGAAGUAUGUGAUUUUCUCGAAGAUCGUAUGAUCGCCCAGGAACGUAGUCAACUUGGCCAGCUUCACAAGGUAUGGUCGACAUUCAAAGCAAUGGCUCAUACGAAUUGCUGGCAAAGUGCUGAAGAAUGCGACAAAGUAAUGGAUGACCACUUAAAGUGUGUACUAACCAAAUACUUUGAGAGUAAAAAUGAUGCCACAAAGACAGAACUUGAAUUGCUUUCCACGGCCCGGAAAAACUCCACAUUUCUCGAAAAUGUGAUUCCGGCCGAGGACCCAGUGAAUUGGGACAUGGUUGCCAGGGAUAUUCGCUCCUUCAUAACAAGUCACAGUGAUUUAGAGCUCAGUGGGCGAGCGAUCGCGCGUGUGUUUCAUGGGAUAGAUAGUCCGUGUUUCCCUGUCUCGGUGUGGGGUAGAGAACGAAGGUACUGGAGACGACAUUUGGAUGUAGACUUCAAUAAACUACGCAGGUAUGCCACUCAAGAACUAGUCAAGUUUAGGUAGCGUUGUCAAAAUAGGUUACGUUAUAAAUAGUUAUGUUUGCUAAGUUUUAUUUUCGCCACGAAACAAGCAAUCUUGUGUAAUGUGUGAAUAAUUAGGAUAUUCGGGUGAAAAUCUUUCAGUUUUUCUUACUUAAACUGUUUACGACAUGAAAUUUUACCACGAAUUUGCUUGUGUAAUGCAAAGAACUUAUUUGAUGACUUUAUAACCUUUUCAGUAGAAUUGAAUUGUUUCUAGAUGUUUCUAGAGGUAUUCAUACUUCGUUCAUUAUGAAAAUAAAAUCUUUGUGACACCACAGAGCAUAAUGGCAUUUCAAUAAUCAACAAUUUUCAACAUCGUUAGAAUGUUUUAUGCACAAUUAUUACAGCUUAAUUCGAAUAGAUGUGUAGAUGAAUAUUUCUAAAUGUGCCUAAUUGAUCUAUUUAAUGCUGGCUGUCGAAAAAAAAUUACUACUUACCAAUACUAAUUUUGCAACAUGAUGUCUAACAAUAUCAUUUGCGUAGAGAAGAAAACGUUACAUAUCUCCAAAAAGAAAUAAAAUAACACAUUUCUAAUGAA